AUCGUAGACCCAACUACGGGAGUAUGAGAAAGAUGUUUUUCACGGGUGGAACGGACUUAUUAUACUACGUAAAUAAUCGCGAGGAUUAUAAUAAUAAUAAUAAAGGCCGGGGAGCAGGUGCAGGUAACGAUGAAGUGGAGGAUAGAAAUGGUUGCUCUAGCGGUAUUAAUAAUAAAUUCGUCUUGGAUCGGGCAUGUACGUCAUCUAUCCGGCAGAAGAGCUCCUUAGAAUCUAUGAAACCAACAGGCGACCUGCUGGGAGUUUACUGAAUGCUGGCGUGUUGACGAGUCGACCGUGCCAAGUUUCUAACUGGAGUCAGAUUGACUCGAGCGCUAAGAAGAUAGAGAAGAGUGGUAGGAAGAAUAAGCCGGGAAAACCGACUAGGAACAAGAUUAAUAAUAAUAAUAAUAAUAAUAACAAUAAAAGUAAUAAUAAUAACAACAAUAAUAAUAAUCGUAAUAACAGUAAAAGUAACAGCAACAGUAGUCAUAGCCUUAGUAAUAUUGACAAGAGCUGUUCGAACUCGGUCGGUAAUUCCGGCAGCUCUAAAGGCCGGGAGAAAAAACGAGUUAUUAUGCAAAAUAACCGCAACACCACCGAGGAGGGUGCCCCCAACCCCCUUAAGGAUUUGACUCAUGCAUCCCUCAACGAACCGCUCAAGCUUCACAAUGCCAACACCCUCAAGCUCGUUCAGAACGUGUCGGAAUUCGCUCAGGAAUUGGGGGGUGCGAUGGAAAGCCACGCGGCGAACGUCCGGCGGCUGGUCGACGAUUUUCGUGGACGUUCAGGAGAGCCGAGGGGAGAUUCAGGGGGGAUGCGCCGUGCCUGGGAAAGCCUUUUGCGGCAGGUCGAGGCGGACGCCGCGGCGAAUUUGGACCUCGCGGGUGUCCUGCAGCAGCAGCUUGCACGGCCAACGCAGGAGGCGAGCUUCCACCGGAAGGUGCAGUCGAGAAAGAUAUUCGCCCAUCGCGAUGCGUACGAGCAGGUGGUGAGUAAAACUGAAGAGAAGCUGCAGCGCGCUCGAGUCGAUUACAAGCGAGCUUACGCUGCGCUUUUGAGCGUCGACGUCGAAGGGGGCGGCGACCAUCAGGGGUUGAAGCGGUCCUACCUGGAGGCCCACAACGCGUACGUGCUGCAGCUGCGGGCAACGAAUGCGAUAACCGAGAGAUACCAGCUGCACUGCCUCCCCAAUUUGCUCAAGGAGAUGACGGAGGUCUACGAAGAGCUUUGCGGGCUUGCAGGGAGCUGCAUGGCCGGCAUUGCCGAGGCGGGGGGGGAGAGGGCCGCAGAUCAGGCCCGCCGCUUUCAGGCCGCUGCGAAAGAGGCGCGGAACGUCAUCCCAGCCAACGACCUCCAGCUCGUUGCCCGAAGCUUGGCGCCCACCCCCGGGUCCAGGAAGCCGCCACGACGCCUCUUCGUCCCUCCGUCGCCCCCCGAACAGGUGCCUCAGGAGCGGCUGGCCCAGGUGCCUAAUCUAAGGGAUGAGCUUGUGCCCACGGGAACCAGCGCUGCCCCUCUGAUGGAGGACCUCAAACGCGAGGCGGACCGCCUUACUCAGGAGAUAAGCCGCCUCCAGGACUCGCUCGAGGCCCUCGUUCGCAUUCAGCGAAAAAGCGCAGAAAGCAGCCUGUUCACCAAAGCAGCGGAGCUUCAAGAGGACAUAUCGUUGAAGCGUUUUGACCUGGGGGUUGCUCACCUCCAACUAGCCGCGGUGCAAGCGCAGAAGGAGCUCUUUGGGGGCGGAGAAGCGGGUCCCCAGGACGGGAUGAACGAUCGUAAAAUGUCCAACGGAUCAACCGGCAGCACCAAGCACAAAUGGCUCAAAGCUUUUAAAAGCCUAAAAUCAAGUUCUCCAGCGGCUUCGCCGGUUCCCGCAGAAAAGGGGAAGCAAGCGAUGUAUCACGCUGUGUCCACCGUCGUCGCGAUGUCCAGGAAAAAUUUGGAGUCCGAGGGCGGUCACGCAUGGAGAGAAUACACUUACCGGAAGAUCACACCUUGCGAUGCCUGCGGUCAAGUAUUGCGAGGUCACAGUCGACAGGGAUUUCGAUGUCGCGGUUGCAAAACGAACGUCCACGCCGACUGCAUAACGUCCGUUCAACCAGCCACUUGUCCAAGUCUUGGCACGAAACGAAGCGGCGGUAUUCCUCUUCUCCGUAGACAGCGAAGCACGACUUCGCACACCGAAGAGACUUCAUCGGCUACCGAUCACAACGUGGACGCGAUAUACCAGGUGCUGAAGCAGGCUGGGGAGAUAAGGGGGAACUCGACGAACUCUCCACCAACACCUCCCACGGCAGAUCAUCCCCCUUCCGGUGCAGCAGCACCCCUGGCUACGAGGACCUCUUCUUCCCAACCCUGUUCCUCGUCCACCUCUGCGCCCCACAGUCCACAACGUCGGAGGGAGCGGCUUAAUUUACGGAUGAAGAGUUUGAGCCUGGAUUCGCCGGAAGGUUCCGCUCACACGCGUCAGCGUCCUCGAGAUUACUAUUCAACUGGUCCGAGGGAAUCCACGCCCCCGCGGUUAUCCGACAGCGGUGGCACCAGCCGGUUAUCCCCCUGCAGCCCUAGCCAAGGACACGGGGGUCACAAGCUUUUAAGAAGCACCAUCCGGAUGUCAAGCAUGGAGCUUCCGGACGAUAUCGAGAAGUCAUAUUCUUCGGCGAGCACGUCGCCGUGCCCCUCGCCGCACGCGGGGAACGCGAAUCAUCUGAACCCUUUUCCACCAGGAAAGCGGGUCCUGCCACCGAACAACCUAUACGUUGUUCUUUACAACUUCAACGCUCGUCAUCGGGACGAACUGGAUCUGAAAGCCGGGUACAAAGUAACCGUUAUAGACAAGUCUGACCCCGACUGGUGGAAAGGCAAGUGCCUCGGUGGAAGAGCCGGCUAUUUUCCAAGCGCCUAUGUCAUGCGCGUAGAAUCUGGCCAAAGGACACUUCAGGUCACCCGCAAUCUUCAGCUAGCCGAUCAGACGACUUUACUCAGAGAUCAGAUCGUGAUCCAGAUUGGGGAGGAGGUUGAUGGCGUCGCGAUGGUGAGAUGCGCUUCGAACGUGAACACGACGGAGAGCCUGAGCAAGGAGACGGAGCCCCGGUUAAAGGAGACCCUGUGCCCCCUCAAGUACCUGCAGGAAGUGUGACCCCCGCC